UCGUCAGUACUGGAACUCUGAGCACUGCGAUCGGUAUUACCUGCACAUUUGUUUACAUUAAUACCAAAGAUAAUACAAUGAAAAUCCGGAGCAAUCCGCUGCCCCGGCGACUGGCAGAUGUCUUGUGCUUCCUGCUCAUCGGCGUGUUUCUGCCGAUUGUGUUCAUAUUCGAGAUAGUUGUGGUGCUGCCAGCAUUUCACGAGCCGGGCGGCUUCUUUCACACCUUCACCUUCCUCAUGGCCAUGUUUCUGGUGUUCAACAUUAAGGGGAACAUGAUUGCCUGCAUGAUGAUCGACACUAGCGUUGACGUCAAGCAAGUGGAGCCGCCACCUGAGCAGUCGGCAGAGCGUCUUGAGUGGCGCGAGUGCACAGAGUGCAAUCGACUGGCCCCGCCCAGAUCGUGGCACUGCAAGAUUUGCGGCGCUUGUAUACUGAAGCGGGAUCACCACUGCCUCUACACGGGCUGCUGCAUCGGCCACCGUAACCACCGUUUUUUCAUGGGAUUUAUUUUCUACCUGUUUUUGGGUUCCGUUUAUGCCCUGGUCUACAACUCGAUCUACAUGUGGAUCAUCCAUGGCAGCAUAUACUGCAAUUGGCUGACGCUCCUCAAGCUCACUUGCCCCAUGCUGCUGCUGGUGACUGGCGGCUUCUGGACCAACAUCUACCUGCUUUUCUACAGCCUCAAUGUACUGGCUCUGGCGUAUGGCGUUCUCCUGUUGGGCUACCAUGUGCCCAUUGUGCUCCGUGGCGGAGUUUCCGCCGAUCGCACAAAGCAGCGAAAGCUCAAGUACAAACGAGGAGUCAGGAAAAACCUGAGAAGUGUCUUUGGGGUGCGCAUGCACAUAGCCUGGCUAUCUCCACUCAUUCGCAGCGAUCUACCCGACGAUGGCUACCACUGGAAGGCCACCAACUCUACCACCGCCAAGGAGAGCAAAGACUGAUGUAGCUUAGGAUAUGUGUAUUUUUGAGGCGUCACGCCUGGGCAGUCCGUAGAUGAGUACCGUGACUUUCGCUUCCUCGGGCUGGCUGCAGCUCAAUCGCAGGGUGGUGUAGUUGCAGCCGAUUCCGCCACUGAGUAUGGAUGCAUCCACCAGCCAUUCCACUUGACCCUCGUCCAUGACCAAAAUCAGGUUAAUGUUGGAAAUCAAUUUAUCCUGCAUAGAAAUAUAAAAGUACUUCAUUAUUUA